AUGCCUCCAUUAUUACAACCGACGUAUGCGAUUCGGUUGUAUCGUUCAAAAUCGUUAGAAAAAUUAGCAAACGACAAGAAAUAUUCAGCAAAUUGGCCAAAUGAAGAAUUUAGAAAUUGGAGUUUGUAUGAUGAUUACUGGUAUGACUGUUAUAUGGGAACUUCACCACGUUCUCGAAUUGAUAAGGCACCAUAUAGCAUGUGGAAUUAUCCGUACAGCUCUUGGUUAAGAUAUAAGAAUCAUCUAUAUGAUUUGCCAUCUAUUUAUCCGUCAUAUUAUAGUAUGCAUUAUUAUGGAUAUAAUGAUAACGCACGCUAUUUGUAUUAUCGAAACUAUUUCACUUAUUAUUCACCACUGAAUCGUCAAUGGCUUAAGAAAACCAAUAAAUAUGGAAAUUAUUCAUGA